CUCUCUGUAGGUUAUUCAUUCAGUAAAAUGACAGAAGCCAGAUUUUCUCAGGAUGAGUUCAUGUGUCCAGUGUGUCUGGAUCUCCUGAAGGAUCCAGUGACUAUCCUCUGCGGACACAGUUACUGUAAGAUCUGUAUUUCUGGCUGCUGGGAUCAGGAGGAUGAGAAGAGCGUCUACAGCUGCCCUCAGUGCAGACAGACCUUCAGUCCAAGACCUGCUUUAGCUAAAAACACCAUGCUAGCUGAAGUGGUGGAGAAACUGAAGAAGACUAAACUUCCUGCAGACUGUUACGCUGGAGCUGGAGACGUGGAGUGUGACGUCUGUACUGGAAGAAAACACAAAGCCGUCAAGUCCUGUCUGGUGUGUCAGGAGUCUUACUGUCAAACUCAUUUUGACCGUCAUGAGGAAUUUCACUCUCGUAAACCACACAAAGUGAUUGAUGCCACUGGACGACUGCAGGACAUGAUCUGCCGCAAACAUGAUAAAGAGCUAGAAAUGUUCUGUAUCACUGAUCAAGAAUGCAUUUGUGUGCGAUGUAAGGAGUAUGAACAUAAAAACCACAACACUGUAUCAACUGCAGCGCAGAGGACAGAGAAACAGAAACAGCUGAAGGAGACGCAGAUGAAGAUCCGUCAGAGAAUCCAGCAGAGACAGAAAGAUCUUCAUCAGCUGAGAGAGGAUGUGGAGUCUCAUAAGCGCUCUGCACACACAGCAGUGGAGGACAGUGAGAAGAUCUUCACUGAGAUCAUCCGCUCCAUUGAGAGAAGCCUCUCUGAGGCGACACAGCGGAUCAGAGAUCAGGAAAAGACUGCAGUGAGUCGAGCUGAAGGACGACUGGAGCGACUGGAGCAGGAGAUCAAUGAUCUGAGGAGGAGAGACGCUGAGCUGGAGCAGCUUUCACACACACAAGAUCACAUCCAGUUCCUGCAGAGUUUCCAGUCUCUCUCAGCUCCUCCUGAAUAUACAGACGAACCCGACGUUCCCUUCGGUUCUCUCUCCUCUUUUGAUGGCGUGAGAGAAUCUGUCCGUCAGCUGAGAGACAAACUGGAGGAUUUCUGCAAAGAGGAGAUCAAGAAGAUCUCAGACGGAGUCACAUUCACCAACAUGAAUCCCAAGACCAGGAACGACUUCCUACAAUAUUCUCAUCAGCUCACUCUGGAUCUGAACACAGUGUAUAAACACCUCAGUCUGUCUGAGAGGAACAGAGUUAUUACUUACACUAGCACAGAGCAGCCGUAUCCUGAUCAUCCAGACAGAUUUGAUUAUUAUCUUCAGGUGUUGUGUAGAGAGAGUGUGUGUGGACGCUGUUACUGGGAGAUUGAGUGGACUGGAGAUUAUGGUGUGUAUAUAUCAGUGUCAUAUAAGAGCAUCAGCAGGAAGGGAUCGGGUGAUGAGUGUGUGUUUGGACGUAAUGAUCAGUCCUGGAGUUUGUUCUGCUCUUCCUCCAGAUACUCAUUCUGGCACAAUAACAUACACACUCCUCUCCCUGUAAAGUCCAUCAGCGGAAGAAUAGGAGUGUGUGUGGAUCACAGUGCAGGAACUCUGUCCUUCUACAGCGUCUCUGACACAAUGAGCCUCAUCCACACAGUCCAGACCACAUUCACUCAGCCGCUCUAUCCUGGGUUUUAUGUUGAUAACAGAUCAUCAGUGAAACUGUGUUGAUGUUUCAGAAUAGACUGUAGAGAGAUUUUACCCAUAAUACUUUGAGCUAUCAGUAACAGUGAGAUAUUACAGAGACUCUUAUUUUAACUUUCAUUAAUAUAGCUGAACUUCUGCUACUGAAAUAACACGUCAUAAUAAAUGUGUGUAUUGCAGUUUUUUCAAUUGCUAACAAGCAUCGGUCAAUACUGAAGAACCAGAAGUCUAUGCCAAACUGAAUCAUUUUUCACUGCUUUCACACAAAAUGCAUUCAAUGACCACAUUUCCCAAAAUCCAUGAACACUUUUGUCAUUCAUCACCAUCUGCAAAACACUAUAUAUUUGCAGCAGAUUUCUCCAAUGCUAACACAUGCUUUCAAAACUGAUAAAAGCUCAUUCAAAUCAGAAUGAUGGCAAACUCUGUGCAUUUCUGCAGGGAUUAUACUGAAUUAUAAAAUAUAAGCAGAAUAUUUACAAUGAAAUUAAAUGAUAAUUAUUGCAAACACAA